CCGGGGCGGCCCCGCCCCCGCGCCCGCUGAUUGGCUGCGGCCCCGGCGGCGGCGCGCGGGGCUCCCGUCUCGCGCCACUUUCGGGAGCCUUUGGCGCGACCGCCAUGGCGGAGAGCGGCGCGCGGGGCCGGGACGCUAUGAGUGAGUCUGGAAGUUUUGCAGCAUCACGUUCUAGACGUGAGAGGAAAAAUAGAAGAGGUCAGCAAGAAGCACUUGAACGUCUGAAAAAAGCCAAAGCUGGGGAAAAAUUAAAAUACGAGGUUGAGGAGUUCACGGGUGUUUAUGAUGAAAUAGAUGAGGAUGAAUACUCCAAGAUGGUCAGAGACCGUCAGGAUGAUGACUGGAUUGUUGAUGAUGAUGGGAUAGGUUAUGUAGAAGAUGGAAGGGAAAUCUUUGAUGAAGAUCUGGAUGAUGAUGCUCUUAUUUCCAAUAAGAAAGGAAGAGGUGGCAAAACAUCUACAAUUGAUAAAAAGAACGUGAAGAAAUCUGUAGUGUCAAAGCCAAACACGAUUAAGUCUAUGUUUAUGGCCAGUGCUGGGAAGAAAAACACAGAUAAAACUGUGGACCUGUCCAAGGAUGAUUUACUUGGGGAUAUUCUUCAAGAUAUUAGUGCUGAAACAGUUCAGCUAAGUCCACCACCAGUUAUAAUGUUGAAAAGGAAAAGAUCUGCUGGAGUACCACUCAAUCCUUUCUCUGUGCAGUCCCAAACUUCUAAGGUAAUCACCCCUGUAUCAAAGAAAGCUCCUGCUCAUGUCAGAAAGGAAACUCUUCCUCCAGCUUCAUUUCAUCCUAAACACCCCAAUUAUACAGCAAAAUCUGUCAGAGUCUCUGAAAAUGAGGACACCAAGCAUGUGCAGAAACCUAUACAAAAUGAGAUAUUAGUGAAGGCAGUAGGAGAGAAAGCUACUAAAGUUCUACCUGCAGCACUUCCAGAUGAUGAUCAGGGAAUGAUGCAUUUUGAUGAGGAGGACUUUGAUGAACCUAUGGAAGCAGAACAUGUGGAAACUAUACCUGAGACAGCUGAAAGUUUGAAAAAAGACAGUGAAAUUGAGAAGAAAGAGACAGAACAGCUAGAAUCAGAGAAGAAAGAGACAUCUGUCUUAAGUUCUCUCCCAGGUCUCUCAUGUUGGGAUAGAAUUGAUGAGGAUGAAGCUGAUCUAGCAACAGCAGAAGUUCAACUGGACCCCAAUCUCCUUCCCCUUGUGAAUGGGGAAAGUGGUGAUCAAGUCUUAAGAUUUUAUUGGCUGGAUGCUUAUGAAGAUCAGUUCAGUCAGCCAGGUGUGAUAUUUUUGUUUGGCAAAGUUUGGAUUGAAUCUGCAGCCACCUAUGUCAGCUGUUGUGUGACAGUGAAAAAUAUUGAGAGAACUGUUUAUCUGCUGCCACGUGAAACAGAAAUUGACCUAUCUACUGGUAAAGAGACAGAGACUCCAGUAACUAUAAUGAGUGUUUUCAAGGAAUUUAAUGACACCAUUUCACCAAAGUACAAGAUCAUGAAGUUCAAAUCCAAGAAAGUGGAAAAAUACUACGCUUUUGAGAUUCCAGAUGUACCAGCAAAAUCUGAAUACCUAGAAGUUAAAUAUUCAGCUGAAUGCCCUCGGCUUCCCCAAGAUCUGAAGGGACAAACGUUCUCACAUGUCUUUGGAACCAACACCUCUAGCCUGGAACUUCUCUUGAUGAAUCAGAAGAUCAAAGGACCCUGCUGGCUGGAAAUAAAAAAUCCACAGCCUUCAAAUCCGCCAGUCAGCUGGUGUAAAGUGGAGGCUGUGGCCAUGAAGCUUGGCUUGGUGAAUGUGGUUAAAGAUCUUUCUCCUCCUCCUCCUCUGGUGGUCAUGUCCUUCAGCAUGAAGACCACUCAGAACCCAAAGACUCACCAGAAUGAGGUUGUGGCUCUUGCAGCUCUGGUUCAUCAGAAAUUUCCCUUGGAUAAGGCUCCACCUCAGCCUCCUUUUCAAACACACUUCUGUGCUGUUUCCAAACCGAGUGAUUGCAUUUUUCCUUAUGACUUCAAAGAAGCCGUUAAAAAGAAGAAUGCUAAAAUAGAGAUUGCUGCAACGGAGAGAACACUGCUGGGAUUUUUCCUUGCAAAGAUUCACAAAAUUGACCCAGAUGUUGUUGUGGGUCAUAAUAUUUAUGGAUUUGAUCUGGAAGUGCUGCUUCAAAGAAUUAAUUUGUGCAAAGUCCCUCACUGGUCCAAGAUAGGUCGACUGAGGAGGUCUAAUAUGCCAAAGCUUGGGGGCCGAGGAGGAUUUGCAGAAAGGAAUGCUGCUUGUGGUCGAAUGAUCUGUGAUGUAGAAAUUUCUGCUAAAGAACUAAUUCGUUGCAAAAGUUACCAUUUGUCUGAACUAGUGCAUCAGAUUUUGAAAACAGAGAAGAUAACAAUUCUGCCGGAGGAAAUUCCAAAUAUGUACAGCGAUUCUCCUCGCUUACUGUUCAUGCUGGAAAACACCUGGAUAGAUGCCAAGUUCAUUCUCCAGAUCAUGUGUGAGCUGAAUGUUCUGCCACUGGCUCUUCAGAUAACAAACAUCUCCGGGAAUGUCAUGUCAAGGACAAUGAUGGGUGGACGAUCUGAACGUAAUGAGUUCCUGCUGCUUCAUGCCUUUCAUGAGAAAGAUUACAUUGUGCCAGACAAACAAGUUUUCAAAAGGCCUCCACAGAAGCUGGUGGAUGAAGAUGAAGAUUUUGAAGAUCAGAAUAAAUCAAAGAUAGGGAAAAAGAAAGCAGCUUAUGCUGGGGGCUUAGUCUUGGAACCCAAAGUCGGUUUUUAUGACAAGUUUAUUUUGCUUCUCGACUUCAACAGCUUGUACCCAUCGAUUAUUCAGGAGUUCAACAUCUGCUUUACCACAGUGCAGCGACUGUCAUCAGAAGCACAGAAAAGGGCAGAGACUGAAGAAGAGGAAGAAAUUCCAGAGCUUCCAGACCCAUCUCUGGAAAUGGGAAUUUUGCCUAAGGAGAUCAGGAAACUGGUGGAGAGAAGACGCCAAGUUAAGCAGUUAAUGAAACAGCCAGAUUUAAAUCCUGACCUCUAUUUACAGUAUGAUAUCAGACAGAAAGCUUUGAAACUCACUGCUAACAGCAUGUAUGGCUGCCUGGGAUUUUCCUACAGCAGGUUCUAUGCCAAGCCUUUGGCUGCUUUGGUGACACAUAAAGGGAGAGAGAUUUUGAUGCAUACCAAGGAGAUGGUGCAGAAGAUGAACCUUGAAGUGAUUUAUGGAGACACAGAUUCCAUUAUGAUAAACACUAAUAGCACCAGUUUGGAUGAAGUCUUCAAGCUGGGGAAUAAGAUCAAAAGUGAAGUGAACAAGCUGUACAAAUUGUUGGAAAUCGAUAUUGAUGGAAUUUUUAAGUCCUUACUAUUGUUAAAGAAGAAGAAAUAUGCUGCUCUGAGUGUGGAACCAACAGGAGAUGGGAAAUACGUAACUAAACAAGAGCUAAAAGGGCUGGACAUAGUCCGGAGAGAUUGGUGUGAUCUUGCUAAACAGACUGGAAACUAUGUAAUUGGUCAGAUUCUUUCUGAUCAGCCCCGAGACAUAAUUGUGGAAAAUAUUCAAAGGCGACUUAUGGAAAUUGGAGAAAAUGUGGUCAGUGGUCAGAUCCCAGCAAAUCAGUUUGAAAUAAACAGGGCAUUGACAAAAGAUCCCCAGGAUUAUCCUGACAAAAAAGCUUUGCCACAUGUGCAUGUUGCCAUGUGGAUAAACUCCCAUGGAGGCCGAAAGGUGAAGGCAGGAGACACAGUGUCAUAUAUCAUUUGUCAGGACGGAUCAGAUCUCAGUGCCAGCCAGCGAGCAUAUGCUCCAGAACAGUUAAAAAAGCAAGAAAAUCUUAAAAUUGAUUACCAGUACUACCUGUCACAGCAAAUACAUCCAGUAGUUGCUAGAAUAUGUGUGCCCAUAGAGGGAAUUGAUUCUGUUCUUAUUGCAACAUGGUUAGGACUGGAUCCCUCCCAAUUCAGAGUGCAUCACCAUUACCAUAAAGAUGAGAAUGAUGCCUUGGUUGGUGGCCCAGCUCAGCUCACUGAUGAGGAGAAAUAUAGGGAUUGUGAAAGAUUCAAGUUUUGCUGCCUCAAAUGCGGAACAGAAAAUAUUUAUGACAAUGUCUUUGAUGGUUCGGGGCGAUUUAUUGAACCCAGCUUGCUAAGAUGCAGCAAGACAGAAUGUGAUGAGCCUCCUUUCAGCUAUGUGGUUCAAAUGAACAACAAGUUACUGCUGGAUAUUAGACGCUACCUCAGAAAAUACUACAGUGGUUGGUUAAUAUGCGAGGAGCCAACUUGCCAGAAUCGAACCCGUCGGCUUCCGCUGAGUUUCUCCCGGAGCGGCCCCGUGUGCCAGGCCUGCAGGAAGGCUGUUCUGAAACCAGAGUAUUCUGAUAAGGCCCUCUACACUCAGCUCUGCUUCUACCGAUACAUUUUUGAUGUGGACUAUGCAAUGGAUAAAGUGGUUACUGAGGAAGAAAAAGGGCAGCCUUCUGCAUCUGUCACUGGGUAGCACCACUGUGGGGUGCAGGACUGCAGAUUUCAGCCCCUGGCAACUCUUGUGGGACAGUGAAAGAGCUGAUUCAGCUGUGAAUUUCAGCCUUGCACUUAGGCAUCUAAAUAACAUACCCAGCUUUCAAAGGACUUAGUAUUUGUAACCUGGUAAGUGUGGUAGCACUGCAGCGGCCCAUGGUGAAGGUGAGGAGAUAUAUUUAGGUAUUAGGUAGGCAGCACUAGUGGUACACCUUUGAAAUUCUUCCCCUUGAUCCACAAGUUGUUCUCUUUCUAUGGGACAGGAGUGGUGUCUGUCUCAUGGGAACACCUUCCACUAGAAUUUGCUAAUAUUUAUUAAGUUCUUUAUAAUCUCCCAAUAGGUGGCAGUGUGGAAGUGCACACUUGUCACAAUUAGUGUCCCUUCUUAAAGAUGGGCAUUUCCCUACUCGUGGCAUUUUAGCCAUUGAGGAUUUGCUGCUUUAACAGUAGAAAUGUUGUAAACUCCUAGAUUUUGUUGUCAAGGGUUUUGCAGAUGGGUCACUUAUAGUUGUUACUGCUAAGACUUACACCUGUGAGUCAGGGGACCUCUCUGGUGUUUUUUAUCAGCUGUGUCCAUGCUGGGUAAAUACCUUGUGAAAGAGAAUACCUUUGAAUGAUUGUUAUGUAAACUGAAUGACUUUGAAAGUGAAGAAGUGUGCUUGUCCCUGAAGUUCAGGGGGGGGAAAAAAGGCAGGACCAUCUCCUUCAGGGAAGUAAAACUGUCCACCAGGCAACAUGAUUGAGAAGGGAACGUGCAAAGCACAUAAGUGAUACACACACACACACCGUUUAUUAAGUAGGUAACCUGAAUAAUAGUGAUUUAAAAAGCAAGGCGAGCACUAGAUGCGUUCUCAAGAUAAAAAUGGAAUGUAACUCCAUGAGAAACACUUAAUACUUAAUGUAAUUAUAAUUAUAUCUAAAUUUAAAAGAUCCCCUUUUUUCCUUUUGGUUUUGUUUUUAUCUUUCCUUUUUAAAGUAGAAUUUCAGUUUUGCAGGCAUUACUGUGCAGGUUUCCUUGUUUUUUGAUUACACAUCAACAGACCUGUCUGCAAGGAAACUUGAGGAUUUGAUGACAUGCAUGUGCAUAGUCUCUGUAUGUAAAUGAUUUGUCAGAAAGACCUGUAGGAAGUGUGACCAAGUCCUACAUGUAGUUAAUGCAGAAAACCAGUUAGAUUAAUUAAGAACAGAAGGAAAUAGAAACUCUGGGAUUUGGUCACAAUGUAUUUCUGCAUUUAAUAGUUUUGCUGAUGGGAGAAAAACUUCAGUCCUUUGGGGUGUUUUUUUGUAGUUAUUUAUGCACGUGGCACAAAGUUGUUCUCUUUUCUUGGUCUGUAUUUUGGAGAUAUAACUUUGAAAAUUGCCACAUGCACUUAGAAUUCCUCACUGAAGAGCCACCUACAGGAAACAAUACAGGAAGCAUACUCAGUGCAGCAAUUUGAGAGCUAAUAUCUUUUGCAGCUAAGAAAGAUGGAGGGAACUUGAAUGGAAAAAAAAAAAAAACCACUCUAAAUUUUACAGAUUUCAACCUUAUUAUUCAGUUUUCCAGAAAAUAUUUAGUGUGAGGCAAGCUUUCGAGGAAGAAAAUGUCAAAUUAAGGAUUGAGAUGCCGACAAAGAGCUUAAAAAGUAUUAAAACAAAAUGGCAUUUUAGCCUGUGAAAUCAGCUAUUUGGUUUUUUAAGAAGGAAAAUUAAUUGGGGUGACUAUUAGGGCUCCUUGAGGAGUAAACACUAAGUUGAACUGAACACAGUUUAAAUAAGGACUAGUUAAGCUGGAGCUUGACCCUCAUCCUCUUCUUUUCUUUUCAGUUUGAGUGGUACACCAAAGAAUAGCUUAUAAUAAGAUAGUGGCUUUAUAUUGAAGGCAACUAUUUAUAAGUACAUAGCAAUGUUGUCACCUUUGAAUUUUCAGCCUUAAGUAUAUGUACUCUUAGUAAUAUUAAUGGAGUAAUUUGAAAUUUUGAAAGCACUUGCUUUUCAGUAUAAGUGAUCCAUAUGAAUUGGUUUGCAAGAAGUUCCAGAUUACAAUUCUCUGGCAAAUUGCUUCUCUGCUCACUCAUUUUUGUCUUAGUGCCCAAGAUUGAACCCUUCAGAGCAGGCAACAAAACAUACAGAAUGAUUUUCAGAGCCUCUCUAAAAACUCUUUUUCUGUGAAGAAGCCUACAUAUUAUUCUGAAAGUAUUGCAAGCAUUUCAACUUUUGCCCAUUUCACUUUCUUUAUCUCUGUUUUUUUCAUUUAAGUUCUUCAAUUUCAAAGUUGAAACUCUGUAUUAAAACCAAGUUAAACUGUAAAUCUGAGAUUUAGACAACGUAAAAAUGAGGAAAGCUAAGAUUGAAUUUGCAUUUAUAUUCUAUGCUAUGCCUGCUUUGUAGUCAUACAUGGCAGUUGUUCAAGUGUAAGUUGUUUCUUAAAUGCUGGUGUUAAUCCAGUUACUUCUGGUAUUUUGUUGAGGAUUAUCUGGUCUGAAGGGCUGGUGGGUUCAUUCUGCAUUACCACUUCUAACUGAUAGGUCAAACUAGAAAAAGAGUGUAGUUAAAAAUGUAUAAAUAAAUUUAAAAAAAGGGGACCUAAACCUGUACAUUCUGUUGGAUAAUUACUAUUUUUUAAAAAAUGCUUGAGAGCAAUAUUUGCUGCUCUGAUAAGGAAGUUUGUCUGAAUCCAUCUGUGUAAACUUUUCAACAUUUUGGUUUAGUGCCUCUAGCACUACAUUAAGACUCAAAUUUAACUAUAGGAAAAAAAAAAACCAAGACAAUUCUUUGCAGGGCCACUGGAUUAACUACAGCUGUGGAAGAUUGGGAUCAGAAUUUGACCUUAAAGGCAGUGCUUGAAAAUCCUAACUCUAGCAAAAGUAUUAAUUUGUGUGCAUUAUUCAGCUGUGAUCUGUGCUGUGUAUGGAGUGGAUCUGAUUCUCAUAGCCUGUCUGGCUAUGUCAGAUGCAUUAUACAUGCAUAUAUACAUGGUUUAAAGCCCUUUAGAUUGCCAGGGUACAUAAUGUACAGGAGAAUGUCUCAUUUGGUGCUACAAUAUUCCUGUGUAGCAUAGAUCUCUUACAUGCCUUACAGUUUUUAAACCAUGAGUCCCUGGGGGGGUGGGGGGGGAAUAUCAAUAUCAAAACAAAUUAUGAAAUCCCAGAAUACUGUAGGUUAAUCCUCCGGUUUUUGUAAUUAAAGAUUUAAUUUGUUUCCCAGCUGUAUGGGCAUUUCUUGAUUCUGUAGAUGCUCGUAAUAUUUUAUAAAGUUUCAGUUGUGUUGGAGCUGUAGCCAAUAUAAAAUGUUCUGAACAACUGCUUACCUUAAAUUAGUAUUUCAUGCCCAUUGAGGACAUUUGACCAGAUCUGACAGUUGCCACCUCAUCUGUAGUGAUUAUUUAGAAAUUAACUGUACUGUACAUUACAGAGAAAGGAGGAUGAGGACAUUGCUUUUAGGAGAGAGGACAGAGAGCUGGAUGAAAAUCCAGCAGAGCAGCAGUGGUGAUGCUUUGCCAGGGGAGCUGCCCCUGGAGCCCCCCUCUCCCCAGCCCUGCACCCUCUAAAGCUCAGCUCCUUCAGCCCCGUGGCUGCUGCUGCUGCACAGCGCAACUCCAGGUCUCUGGAAAAUCGUUUAGCACAUCCUUGAGUGGGAGAUACAUGCAGGCAGGGACGAGUUGCUUGCUUUCCUCAGUGCUUUUAAGCACACCAUUGUUAAAUGGCUGUAUUCAUUUUCUUAACUGUGUUCCUGCAUCACAGAGACAGGAUUGAAUUAUGAAUACAUUUGGAUAAUUUGCAAAAGGAAAAAAGAAAAACCCAACAUAAUGCUCUGUGCUGUGAAACAUACUAUUGUGGAGAGAGCUGAUGUUUUCUGGUUUUCAGACACACAAACCCUUCUGUGCAGUGAUAAUGGGUAUAUCAGUGUGUGCACUUCCAGGCACCAAAGUUACUUUGAGCAGGGAUUUUUUUAUUGCCAGCUUUCAUGAAAAUGAGUUUUAUGGGUGAAUUUGCCUUUUCGGCAGCCAUAAGUAGCAUUCACGGUUCUGCUACUGGAAUGAAAUAGUCAUAGCACUUUGAAUUGUGAUGGUGUCGAGGGAUUUUUUUGUGUUGAUUUGUGGGUUGUGUUUCAAGCACUGAAGACAAGAUCAUAUCACUCAGUUGAACAAUACUCCUAUAUCCUAAAACACCUUUAAAAACACGGGUGUCU